GGAAUAUUAGGUUUUAUUUUUAUUUUUUGGUAGAAGCAUUAAUAAACGAACUCUCUUAAACCAUUACCUCAUUACCGUUCGUCUCCUGUCACGGCCAAGCCAAACCUGGUUUAUUUCUCGCUAUUCUCUGUCUAUUUAUUCCUCUAGCUAGAGGGUUUGAUUGAGCAAAAGAACGACUUACCGUUUAUCUCACCACUGAUAACACCAUGGCAAGACCUUUGUCAAAUAUGCUCUUGAAAGGCAUUGCAGGUCUCUCUGCAUCGCGGUCUAGCAGAAUUGUGUCCGGAUCCUUUUACUACAAUGGAAUGCGCUACUCUACUACUGUGCCCAAUGAUCCUGACACACAUGAAGAUUUUCAACCAAAUAUUAAGACUGAGAGUUCUGGAGUAUCUUUGAAUGAUAUUGUUGAACAGGAUGUCAAGGACAAUCCUGUGAUGAUUUACAUGAAAGGGGUGCCUGAUUAUCCUCAAUGUGGAUUCAGUGCCCUGGCAGUAAGGGUAUUAAAACAAUACAAUGUUCCUUUGAGUGCAAGAAAUAUUUUGGAGAACCCUGAGUUGAAAAGUGCUGUAAAAUCCUUCAGCCAUUGGCCGACUUUUCCGCAGAUAUUCAUAAAGGGAGAAUUUAUUGGUGGAUCUGAUAUAAUUUUGGACCUGCAUCAGAAAGGGGAAUUGAAAGAAAAACUGCAAGAUCUUGCAGCCAAUGAGAAAUCCGAGUAGUUAAUCUUCUUGAAUUAAGAGUGAGUAGGUUGUUAUGAGCUUUUUAUGAGAUACAUGUUUACCUGAGCUUUGUUCAACAGAAAAGAUCGAACAGUUAAUUUACUAUUUACAUUGUUUAAUAUUAAUAAUGUAGACUCGGUUCUCUCAAAAAAGAGAGAGAAUUUUUGUAUGUGAAGUAAAUUUGUUUACAGCUAUCCAUUGUCACGAAAGUAUUUGCAAA